UUUCAUUUCGAAAAAACAUAAAACAUACAAUGGUGUAUGUUCUUCUUACAUCAUUGGACAUUUUCAGGGCUUUGCUCCUAUCAUUGUUUGCUGUCUGGUUAUUGUCUGAUUUGGCACUUGCAAAACAUGCAGGCAUUACCAGGCACUACAAGUUUGAUAUUAAGAUGCAAAGUGUGACGAGGUUGUGCCAAACGAAGAGCAUUGUGACGGUCAAUGGCCAGUUUCCCGGGCCGCGGAUAAUAGCAAGGGAAGGCGAUCGCCUUUUGAUCAAGGUGGUUAACCAUGUUCAGUACAAUGUCACACUUCACUGGCAUGGAAUCCGGCAGCUUCGGAGUGGAUGGGCUGAUGGACCUGCCUAUGUCACACAGUGUCCGAUUCAGACAGGGCAGUCCUAUGUGUACAACUUCACCAUUACUGGCCAAAGAGGGACCUUAUUUUGGCAUGCUCACAUCUCUUGGCUAAGGGCUACUCUUUAUGGACCUAUUGUCAUUCUCCCCAAACGACAUGCCUCUUAUCCAUUUCCCCAGCCCUACGAGGAAGUUCCCAUCGUUUUCGGGGAAUGGUGGAAGGCUGAUACCGAAACUAUUAUCAACCAGGCAAUGGCAACCGGAGGAGCACCGAAUAUCUCGGAUGCCUUCACCAUUAAUGGUCUCCCUGGGCCUUCUUACAAUUGCUCAGCAAGAGAAACAUUCAAGCUCAAGGUGAAGGCCGGUAAAACAUAUCUUCUUCGUCUUGUCAACGCUGCACUCAACGACGAGCUCUUCUUCAGAAUCGCAAACCACACACUCACUGUUGUGGAAGCUGAUGCAGUGUACGUCAAACCCUUCAAAACCAAUACCAUACUUAUCACGCCGGGGCAGACCACUAAUGUCCUUCUUAGGGCCAAAUCCAAGACCCCAAGUGCCAAGUUUGCUAUGUCAGCUAGGCCUUAUGCAACUGGCCCUGCCACUUUUGACAAUACCACCACAAUAGGAAUUCUAGAAUAUGAGAAAUCUGUUUUAGCCACAAAAUCUAAUAACAAGAAGCUACCACUUGUAAGAGCAAAACUUCCACAGUUUAACGACUCCGCCUAUGCUAUGAAAUUCAACCGGAAAAUCCGCAGUCUCGCCACCGCUAAAUUCCCUGCAAAAGUCCCGAAAAUAGUUGAUCAACGGUUCUUCUUCACGGUCGGGUUAGGGAUACUCCCUUGCGCAAAAACCCAAACAUGCCAAGGUCCCAACAACACUAGGCCUGCAGCUGCAGUUAACAAUGUUUCAUUUGUACAACCAAAUAUUGCUCUUCUCCAAGCUCACUUCUUUAAUAAAUCAAAGGGAGUUUACACCGCCAACUUCCCAACCAACCCACCUUUCAAGUUUAACUACACCGGCACACCACCGAAGAACAUCGCGCUAAGCACUGGCACCAAAGUGGUGGCGCUACCUUUCAACACUAGCCUGGAGUUAGUGUUGCAGGAUACUGGCAUACUUGGAGCAGAAAGCCACCCUCUACAUCUUCAUGGGUUCAAUUUCUUUGUUCUGGCUCAAGGUGUUGGGAACUUCGACCCCCAAAACGAUCCAGCCAAGUUCAAUCUCGUCGACCCCGCUGAGAGAAACACAGUCGGCGUGCCAUCCGGUGGAUGGGUGGCAAUUCGGUUCCUUGCAGACAACCCAGGCGUUUGGUUUAUGCACUGCCAUUUGGAAGUACACACAAGCUGGGGAUUGAAGAUGGCUUGGGUGGUAAACGACGGGAAAGGCCGCAAACAGAAGCUACCACCUCCGCCCGCCGAUCUUCCUAAGUGCUGAGACACAACCGUCGACGUCUUUUCAAUUCUUCCGGUGUCCAUUAUAUUCUUUUAUUCCCUAUUGCUACAUGUUAGGAUCACCAAUUCCCCGUAUCUUCAAUGUUUUUGGGUUAAUAUUACUUGGAAUUAUACAACGCCAGAACAAGAACUGGUACAGAUUAUUUUCGUAGAUUAUCAGGCUAUGUACCACCAUACAUAACAAGUAUUGAUGUGUUGAAGAAUCUACAUAAAUAGAUUUUC